AUGGGACGCGGUCUGGAAGUGGAGGAGGAUGGUGGAGUGAAGAGUGUCGGAUGGGCAGGGAGAGGCGCGCGUCGGGCGGUCGGGCAAAGUUUAACCACCUUAUUACGUUUAUCUCAUCCAGCGCUCAUAAUUAAGGCGAGUGGCAUUAAGUCACCAGCGGUCCCUCGGGUGUCGCAAUGGCAGCACGUGGCGUCACCGUCACCCCCCUCCCACCCCCCCAUCCCCCAACACCCGGCGGCUCCCCGUCCGAAACAGGUGCGGCCUCCAAUUAGCAGCGCGUUUGACUCGGAUACGACU